AUGGCUGCAGCGGAAUCUUGGGACAAAGUGCCUCUCGCGCCGCCGGACAGCAUCUUCAAGCUGACCGCGGCAUACAAAGCGGAUACGUUCUCGAAGAAGGUAAAUUUGGGCGUGGGCGCGUAUCGUGACGAUAACAGCAAGCCGUGGGUGCUCCCGGUCGUCAAGAAGGCGUCCGAGAUCCUCCUGCGCGACCCCGAUCUCGACCACGAGUAUCUCCCCAUCACUGGCCUUCCGGAGUUCACGUCCGCCGCUGCGCGGCUCAUCCUCGGGAGCGACUCGCCCGCGCUCGCGGAGGGCCGCGUCGUGAGCGUACAGACCAUCUCGGGCACGGGCGCAAACCAUCUCGGGGCGCUGUUUCUGAGCCGGUACUACCAGUUCGACGGGGACAAGAAAGUGUACCUGAGCGACCCGACGUGGGUGAACCACUUUGCGAUCUUCAAGAACGUCGGCGUCGAGCCGCUCACGUACCCGUACUACGACCCGCAGACGAUCGGGCUCGACUACGCGGGGCUGACGCGGGCGCUGCAGAACGCGGCGCCGCGGUCGGUGUUCCUGCUGCACGCGUGCGCGCACAACCCGACGGGGGUGGACCCCACCGAGGAGCAGUGGAAGGCGCUCGCGGACGUCGUGCUCGAGAAGAAGCACUACGCGUUCUUCGACUGCGCGUACCAGGGCUUCGCGAGCGGGGACCUCGACCGCGACGCGUGGGCGGUGCGGUACUUUGCGAGCAGGGGCGUGCCGAUGCUCGUGUGUCAGAGCUUCGCGAAGAACGCGGGGCUGUAUGGCGAGCGCGUUGGGGCGCUGCACAUCAUCUCGCCGACGGGGGAGACGGCUGAUCGGGUGCGCAGCCAGUUGUCUGUGCUGCAGCGCAGCGAGAUCAGCAACCCGCCUUCGUACGGCGCGCGCGUGGUGUCGCUCAUCCUGAACAACGCCGAGCUGUUCGAGGAGUGGAAGCGGGACAUCCGAACGAUGGCGGGGAGGAUCAUUGAUAUGCGCAAGGAGCUGUACCGGCUGCUGGCGGAGGAGCUGAAGACGCCGGGCAAGUGGGAGCACAUCGUGAACCAGAUCGGGAUGUUUAGCUUUACCGGGGUGAAUCCGGAGCAGUCCAAGGCGCUGACGGAGAAGGCACACAUCUACCUGACCGCGAACGGGCGCAUCUCGAUGGCGGGGCUGAACAGCGGAAACGUCAGGUACUUUGCGGAGUCGCUGGACAAGGCGGUGAGGGGGCAGCUGUAG